UCCGCCCCUUGCCCAGGCCCCGCCGCCUUAUGCCGGGCCGAGGCGCACCGCCCCUUCCUCUUCGUGCUCGCCGCCUGCCCGCCAGCCGCCAUCAUGAAUGACACGGUGACCAUCAGAACCAGGAAAUUCAUGACAAACAGACUGCUUCAGCGCAAGCAGAUGGUGAUUGAUGUUCUUCAUCCUGGGAAGGCCACCGUCCCCAAAACAGAAAUCAGGGAAAAGUUGGCAAAAAUGUACAAGACAACCCCUGAUGUGAUUUUUGUAUUUGGCUUCAGAACUCACUUUGGUGGUGGCAAGACAACAGGUUUUGGCAUGAUCUAUGAUUCCCUGGACUAUGCAAAGAAAAAUGAACCAAAGCACAGGCUUGCGAGGCAUGGUUUGUAUGAAAAGAAAAAGACUUCCAGGAAGCAGCGGAAGGAACGUAAGAACAGAAUGAAGAAAGUCAGAGGCACAGCCAAGGCUAGCGUCGGUGCUGGCAAGAAGAAGAAAUGAAGUAUCUAGCAGUAACUGCACAUACCUAAGAUGGAAAAUGGACAACAGACUACAUGAUUUUGUGAAGAAGUACAGGAACAAUUAUUCUAGAGAGAAGCUGCUCGUCUGGUUGUAACAUGAAAUAAACUAUGUCAGUCAAUU